AUGCACCGGAGAAGAUCAAGUGACAGCGAGGCCGUUAUGCCACGGCCAUCUCGGGCUAGUGUACCCUUUUCGUGGGAGAAUGAGCCCGGGAUGUCCAAGGUUGUAACAGUUGUACAUGAUCAUUGUGAUCAUAAAGUACUAUCAGAGCAUUUGAACAUGGAGCACUUAACGUUGAAGCUGAAGCCGCCUCCUUGUCUAUCGACAUCCCCAGGUAGGAGUUCUAGGUUUAUGGUGGUUGAUCGGCAAACCCGUCUUCCUCUGUGUUCUAUUCAGCCUUCGCUUAGGUUAAACUCGUUCAGAUUGAUAGGUGGCGGUGUUAAAAAGGAAGAAGACCCAUUUUUGGCUGCUUUGAUGAAAUGCAGAGCCAAGAACCCUAAUAGUCCAGCAGGAAAUUAUGGUGAGAAGAAAGUUAAGACCAUGUUCAGUUUCUCAUGCAAGUAUUCUUGUGGCGUUAGGGAGGACAGUAUAAUUAAAAUGCCUCAGUCUCCUAAAUAG